AUGUGGAAACGACGAAUCCAAAGGUCACAAAUAACGCGACUGCUGGAACAGCACAAUGGACGGGAGAUGGGUGGUGCUGGAGUGCUGGAUGCCACACCUGGAGCCAACAUGCAUGCAGAAAUGCUCUCAGCACCACCAGCCAAGAAGAGUAGCAUGGGGAAAGGCCACAGCCCAGGGCCGGGCGCCUCCAUGCACCAUCUCGUGGUGUCCAACGCCACCACGCACGACCUGCUGGUGGUGGCCUGCAACAACGAGGUCAAGCGCCGCUGCGUGGACGAGUUUGUGCGCAGCCAGUCCGAACGCCACCACCAGUCGGGCCCCCCGGAGGCGCUGGCCAACUCCUGCUCCUCCCUCGCGUCCUGCCCCGACCCCAGCAGCCCAAGCACCGACCGAAUCGGCGCUGGCGUGAUCUACGAUCAAGAUCAGGAUCGCGACGGCCGCCUCAGGGAUCCCAGCCAUGUCGUCGAUGGCGGCUACGAGAGCCCGUGGCUGAGCAGGGUGGCGGAAUUUGACGAGUCUUGCAGCGACUCGGGCGAGAUGGAGUACACGCAGGAGACGCCCCAGGCGCCGCACCAGUCGUGGAUGGGGGUGAGCGUGCACGAGUACAUGAAGGAGUUCCAGGAGCACUACCAGUACGCGGGGUGGGGGCCCAGCGAGGGCUGGCAGGUGGUGCCGCCCGUGGGCGUCGCGACCUUCGACUCGUGCGAGAUGGGGCUCAUCUACCUGACCAUCCUGGAGUUCAACCCCGCCGCCAGGGAGCCACAGGUGCUGGCGCAGAACAUCGCCAAGAGCUGCUCGUGCACCAUCGUCGUGGCGGAGGGGCAGGUGUGGAAUGCCAAGGAUCGGUGGCGCGCGGGUGAUGAGAACUGGCUGGUGAAGAUGUCCGCUCCCUGGCUUGGAAACGAGGCGACCUGCGCAAAGGCCCUGGCCGCCAUCAAGAGCGUACGCAACCCAGAAACAAAGGCGCACCUCCUGUCAAGGGUGUCCAAGCAACUGCACAACUUAAAGUCGCACAAAAACAUGCACAUAAAGUGUGCAGCAGAUGAAGCCCUUCUGAACCUGCAGGAAAGCGAAGGAGUUUCACUAGUGUUUCAUGAAAAGAUUGCUCAUGAGCAGCAACUGGCAGAUGGUAUCAGGGCACAAAUGAGGGAAGCAAAGAGGUUGGAUCGGGAGCUGAGGCAAGCUGGCGAAUACACUCCCCGUGGGCUUAUUGGCACACCCAGGGGAACGCCCAGGCAGCUGGCUGAGGAGCCUAGAAAGCACCGCCAGAAGGGGGCAGACAGCCCAGUGAAGAAAAAACACACUGGAGCAAAGGAACCCACUAGCCCAAUGGCAGGAGCAAAAAGGCAGAGCAGAGAAUCAAAGGAUGGUGGCACCCCACGAAGCAUGCAUGGCACUUCCCCACAGAGGCCUGGCAAGGAGCAGAAAGAUCAAAAGAUGCCUCCCCCUGGAGAGGUCCUCAAGAGGCAGGAGAAAAAGGUGAAAGAGCUCACGAAGCAGGUCAUGCUGGAGCGGCGCAAGGGGGAGGAGAUCAAGGUCCAGGCACUUGAGUUCAUGAAGCAGAACAAAGAACUGAAGGAUGCCAUCGUGCAAAUCCACAACCAGGGCUCCAGGGAUGACCUCAAGGCUCAGGUGGAGCACCUGAAGAAGCAGAACAGGAAGUUGAAGGAGGCCAACGCACAAAACCUGGAGGACCGCCACAAGUUUGGAGACCUGGGUUCCGAAGUUGAGCAGCUACGUGAGAAAAACAGGGAGCUGCAGGAGGCAGUUGAUGCCCUGCGUUCGAGCCAAGACGAGGAGGGGUUGGAAUCAGAGGCGUCCAGGCGACACAUGGGGCAGCUGAGGGCUGCACAGCUACAGUGGAAACAGAGCGAGAGGGCGCUCAGGUCAGAGCUGGAGCGGAUCAAGGUGCAGAACUGUGAGCUGAGGGAGGCCAAUGCAUUGCUGCUGCAAGGUCCACCUAUCAGGAGGAGACUUGAAAUUGAGAUCGAGGAAAUCAAGGAGUCCAACAGGGGGCUGGUGGAGGCCAUUGCAGACUUUCGGGGGUGGGAGCGAUGCGAGGCAGAGAUGGAGAUUUUCGAGGACCACUUCAAGAACAUCCUGAGCAGAUACGAGCCUUCAGAGGAGCAAAAGGCCGCCAUGCUCGAUGCGGCUGCACAAGGCAAGGGAUCCCACUUGCAGCUCAUGCUUGACAAGGGCAUCGAUCCUAAUUUUGUGGAUGAGGGAGGCGAUACUCCCCUGCACAAGGCGGCUCGGUAUGGCAAGGAAGAUGCAGUGAUCAUCCUUCUGGGUGCAGGCGCUUUAUGCGAUGCUCAAAACGAUAUAGACUACACAGCAAUGCAUUGGGCGGCUUGCUUCGGGCGAAUAGGGGUUGCUCGUCUGCUACUUGACUAUGGUGCCAAUGCACAGAUAUUUGCUAAGGGUGGCGGGCCAUUGGAGAUGCCAAAGGGGACCCCUGCCCGGAUUGCUCAUAAGCACGGCUACACAGACGUGCUUGAAUUGUUUGAGGAUGUCGUUGGGCCCGAAGAAUUCGAAGAGAGCGAAGGUGAAAGCGGGGAAGAUUAUUUCGAAUGGGAUGGGCCAAGCCUGGAGUUGCCAGACGACAUGUCGGACCAGUCCGGGUGGGGUGCAAGAUCCGAUUGCGCAUCGGAUGUUCUGUAA